GCGCCUACACCGUAGUAUUGACGUUUUCCCUGAGAGAUAAAUAUUUUAACCUAACCACACAAGUCGCUAACCCAUCCACGGUUAAAAACCAACUCCCCUCUCUCUCUCUAUCUCCUCUCUCUCUCUCUCUCUCUCUCCUCCUUUUCGUGGGUUUAUAUGUCCGAAGCCGACCCUCCUCUUCAUCCACAGACACAGAGUUGGCCGGAGCUGAAAAAUGAUGAUCAGCGAACGGACUAGAUUCAAUCACACAAUUGAAGUCCCCCAAUGGGACCCACUCGAAGACCACCCUCUGACCGGAAUCUCUUCACCGGUUUUCGUCGCCGGAGUUGACUCCAAUUUCAUCGACUCCUUCGCCGCCAUUCACCGUUUCCUUCCGUCAAACGACUAUGCGGCGGUGGAUUCCGACGAAUUUGAUGUGGCGGCGGCGGUGGACGGGUUUUCCUGCGACCAUUUCCGGAUGUUCGAGUUCAAAAUCCGGAGAUGCGCGCGUGGCCGGUCCCACGAUUGGACAGAGUGUCCCUACGCGCACCCCGGCGAGAAGGCUCGCCGGAGGGAUCCGAGGAAGUAUCACUAUUCCGGCACGGCGUGCCCCGAGUUCCGGAAAGGGAAUUGCAAGAAAGGGGAUUCGUGCGAUCUCGCUCACGGGAUUUUCGAGUGCUGGCUCCACCCGGCUCGGUACCGGACUCAGCCGUGUAAGGACGGACUCGCCUGCCGCCGCCGCGUCUGCUUUUUCGCCCACUCGCCGGAGCAGCUCCGUGUCCUGCCCAGGACUCCGGUUUCGGCCGAUUCCGUUGAUGGGUCGUCUCGAAUUGCACUCGCAUUCGACUCGUAUUUGGCGAAGGCCUCGUUCGUGACGUCGCCCACUUCGAUUCUAUCCACGCCGCCCGAUUCACCUCCGUUGUCGCCGAAUUGCCCCCAAAUCGGCGGCGGGUCGUUUAAUUCGAUGAAUGGGAUCGUUGCUUCUAUGCAUAAGCUACAAAUUGGGAAAUCGAAAUCAAGCCCUCAAUGGGGGGUUCAGAUGGCACAAGGUCUCUGUUCUCCGUCCGGCGGUGGUUGUGGUUUCUACAGCUCGCCGACGACUCCGACGACCGGAAAAUACGAGUUGUGGGGGAAAAACUACGUGGAAGAACCGGCGAUGGAGAGAGUGGAAUCUGGGAGAGACCUUCGAGCCAAAAUGUAUGCGAAACUGAGCAAAGACAACUCGGUGGAGCAGCUGACACCCGAUGUCGGGUGGGUCUCGGAGCUACUAAAGUAAAUAAAAAAGAACAUAUUUUGAUUCGAAAUCGGUGGCCUUUUGGGGUUUCUUUUCUUUAAGUCUGUGAAUACUGAUUUUGGUGGAUUUCUUGAAUUUUCAGCGUGUAAGGGGGGUUUUGAUUAACAGGGGAAAGAAAUUAAGGAGUGCGAUGGUAUCAUCUGUUUUUUUGUGGUUCAGAAUUGAAAAAGGGGAUGAUGUCUGUCUAUAUGUUGUUGUACAUAUGAAACGAUGGGAUUUUUAGGGCUGCAGAAGUAAGUACAUAAGAAGGGUUGUCGGCUGGGGUUUGAUUUAAUUUUUAACUGUAAUCAUAUUUUCGAAUUUUAAGUAAAAAAAUCUCUCUUCUUGAGUUCUUGUUA